GGAUUCGCCUACGAUCAAUCAGUACAAAACUACGUAUUUUUCUCGAAGAAUGAUCGUCUUCCGUAUCAUUCGACAAAACGAUUCGAUCUGCUCGAAAAGCAGAAGGGGAUUCUUGAAAUCAGCGGAGGAAAGACCAAGUGGACGAGGAUUCAAUCAGCCAAAGAAGCGCACACCAAAUCGCUCAAGGUAGAACCGAGAUGAUGAUUCUUGCGCUGCGAGCCGAACCACUAAGCGAGAAUUCAACGUCUUAGGUCAAUAAAAUCCAUCCGAGAAGGAUCGAUAGCGAUAAAGGACCACGAAGCACAACGAUUUGAUCUGAUCUGAUCGAGGCAGAAGAGGAUUCGUGAAACCAGUAAAGGAAGAUGAGGAGGAUGAGACGACGACACCUUUCGAGGCCGGGGAUGAACGUCGCCGACUGGAUCUUGUUGGCCGCUUCGCUUCCCGCUGGUGGAGUCUGCGACACGGAGGAGUCGAAGUGGGAAAUGAGGGGAGAGUCGGCACACACAUCUUAUGUGGGCUAAUAUCUGCUGUCCAUGAUGGAGAUGGGCCCAUUUGGGCCUUCGCUUGGUGGGCCAAAGCGAACCCGUUGCUUCUGCAUCAAAACCCACGCAGCUGUUCCCUCCCCAUCUCAUUCUCGGUCUCAUUCUAAACCACCGCGUACCGUCUUUCCGUUUCUCGCCUUCCUCCUCCUCGUCUCGGAGAUCUCCUCGCCAUGGCGACGAGGAACCGUACGCCCAUAUACAGGAAGUACCGCGACGCCCUCCGCAACGUACGGGUCCCUUCCCCUUCCUCCCACUCCGGCCCGUCGACCUCCUACUCCGGGGGCGGACCGGUGAUCGAGCUCGUGAGCGCCUCGCUUCUCCGCCCCGAUCGGUCCUACGCUCCUCUCAGCACGGAAGAUCCCGGUGGUUCGAGUACAGGUGCAACUAUGGUUGGUUUACCUCCAGCUUGGGUGGAUGUUUCUGAAGAAAUAGCUGCAAACAUGCAAUGUGCUCGGACAAAAAUGUCAGAGUUAGUUAAGGCCCAUGCAAAAUCCUUAAUGCCUUCCUUUGGAGAUGGUAAGGAGGAUCAACAUGUCAUUGAGCUUCUUACUCAUGAAAUAACUGAUCUAUUGAAGAGAUCAGAAAAGAGACUGCAGAAACUUUCUUCUGGUGACCCUACUGAAGAUUCAAAUGUCCGGAAAAAUGUUCAGCGGUCUCUUGCAACUGACCUCCAAAACCUUUCAAUGGAGUUCCGAAAGAAACAGUCUUUUUAUUUAAAGCGUCUUCGGCAGCAGCAGGAGGGGCAAGAUGGUGUUGAUUUGGAAAUGAAUCGCAAUGGGAUCAGACAUGAGAUGGAAGAUGACUUUCAUAAUGUGGGUUUUGAUGAGGUUCAAUUGUCUACGCUAAAGAGAAGUGAGGCAUUCACAAGAGAGAGGGAGAGGGAGAUUGUACAGGUUGUAGAAUCAGUGAAUGAGCUUGCUCAGAUCAUGAAGGAUCUCUCAGUCCUUGUGAUAGAUCAGGGAACCAUUGUUGACCGGAUCGAUUACAAUGUACAGAAUGUUGCAAGUUCAGUAGAAGAGGGCCGUAAACAGUUAGAGAAGGCGGAGCGAACACAGAGGAAAGGUGGAAUGGUCAUGUGUGCUACCGUGCUCGUUAUAUUGUGUUUCAUCAUGCUUGUCCUCCUCGUCCUAAAAACCAUACUAUUCUAAAUCAGUUUUCAGUCAACACACGGAUUCAGAUGGCAUCUCUUGAGCACCAGCCUCCCCCUCGGAACACUUUUGGUCGUUUAUGUCCAGAGGAUCCUAUAGGAGAUUCUCAUUCGACCGGUUUGUAUCAUGUCCAUGAAGUGAAUUAAUUGCGCUGGUUUUUGCUACAUGAUAGACGUAGGAUUGGUUAUAGUCUGAGAGAACAAUUUUCUGAAUAGUAGUACCUCUUGGGAUAUUCUAUAGAGAGAAGGCUCAGGCUGGUGCUUCCUGUUCUGAGACCUCGAAGAAGAAAAUUCUGUAAAGAUUCAUUCGAGUAAUAUUUGCAUUGCAUGAUUCUUUUCUCUCAGAAA